AUGUCAGUCAUUAGGGAGUUUUAUUGGAGUGAUAAAGUGGGCAGUAGUAACAUUUAAUUAAUUUAAUAUAUAAAAUACACUAAUUGGUUGGUAGAAAAGUUUUUGCUUAAGUGUUUUUAAGUUUGGAAGAUGAGGAAUAUGAUCAUAAUAUUGCUGGCUUUAACCGCAAAAGUUCUGUCAACACCUGUCAUGACUCGACAGGAUUUAUUCAGACAGGCACAUAGAGAACAAUUUUGUACCAAUCUAAUAAACUUCAAUAACUUCUAUUACUCGGUGGACGAACCGAAAAAUAUAACAGGGAUACCAGCAGACAUGAGCGUACAUUGGAAAACGGGAAAAGUAUUCUAUACGCUAAUAAGCGACGAAAUGAAAAUGAGCCUACAAGUCCUACAUCCCAGUGGUGAAGCCGAAACAAUAAAAGUUGCUGGUUUAGGUCAAUCAACCGCAGUUGAUAACCUCAACGAUAUUGUAUACCUAGCGACUGAUAACGGUAUUUACAAAUACAAAGAUGACGGUUCCAUCGAAUUAUAUACAGCAUUGGGUGAAGAUGUGAUGUAUAUAACAGUAUCGAGUGAUGGUGCAACCAUGUACAUAGCGACUUGGCCGCAAAAUCGCGUCCACAAAAUAACUAACGAUGGUCAGAAACAGGAAACGUUUCCAGCCAUACCCAACGGUCAUGGUUUGACGAUUGAUCCAAGAAAUAACAUAUUUUUCGCCGCAACAAAAACAUCUUAUAUUUUGAAAAAUGGUCACAAUGUUCCCAUUAAAAUAAAGGGAUUACCGAGUGAAAGGAUGUCUGGUGUUUUUGUGAGUCGAUCUGAUGAAAUAUUUGCAAUGGACGAGAAUAGUAACUUAUACAGUAUUGAUGCUGAAAACGCUAGCGCUAAGCAUUUAGGUAAUUUCAACGUUUCUGGUGUCAACACCUUCGCAUUGGAUUCGGCUGAUAAUGUUCUCAUUGGUGUGAAAAAUGCUAUCAUGAAGUUCGUGGCGUAUGAAAAAAAUCCUUGCAGUGAUUAUCCAAAGCGUAACAAAAUCGGAAAACGUGACAGCCGACGGCGCAAACACAAGCGUACUACUACAACAUCAACUACUGAAGAAAAUGAAGAAUAUGAGGAAUAAGUAGUUUUAACUUACAUUUAAAAUUAUUGUAGAUCUAGCCUGUAUUUAAAAUUGAUACCAAAUAUUUAUUUUCUUUUUUGCGCCACCUAGUAGUAUUAUUAUGAACGACGAUUAAAAAGUAGCUUGUUCUAAUGUUACACUGCCAUCUCGUGUUGAUAGUUUGAACAUCGUAAUGUUUCUGUUGAGAAAAUUGAGUCUUACAGAUAGCAACAACAGACUUUGAUUUCAUUUUAUUAUAAAUAAAAUGUUUGAAAAAUAA